AUGCCGGACCGCAGCCCACAGGAGGGGCUGGCAGAACCGCUCUACCGUGGCAGAGCCCGCUUCGCACAGCUGCCGGCCUGGCCCGCUCCUCCACCGCGCCCCGUGCCGGGGGGCAGGCCGCGCCUCGGAAGCCGAGCGCCCCGAGCCCGAGAGAACCGGAAUGGUUGGCGCGAAGCAGGCGGCCCGGGCCGGCCGGGGCAGCCCCGCGCAGGGGCGCCAGGCUGUGUCGCGGCUGCCGCUGCCGCCUGCCCGGCGCCCCCCGACAGUUGCCGACGAGACGGGCCCAGCAGCGGCGUGUCUGGCUGCACAACCCCCACGUCCCUUUCCUUGGCCAGCGCCGCCGAGCCCCCGCCCCGUGCCGGCCCAGCCCCAGGCCCGGACCCGACACACCGGGGAUGCCCCGGCACCCCGCCGGCGGCAGCAGGGGGCGCCACGCCGGCCGCCGCCAUUUCCCUCCGCUCACCUGCGGCCUUCGAGCGCACCCUGCGCUGCCAGCGCGGCGACUGGCCAAUCACGACAUGUUGA